UACCUAUUGGCAAUUUUUAAUUAGUUAUACUAACUUAAAAGCCAAAUUAGGAAGAAUAAACAAGUUAUUUAUGGACUAAUUCAGUCUUCAAAACUGAAGUAACCAACUGACACACGAUCUGCAGGGAGGUUUGCUGAUAUAAAACUUCGCUUUUACACCGUCGGAAAAUGUACAAGGUUGAUUUACCGGUAGACGAGUCUGUGCGUCAGGCUGUGGAGCGACGUCGGGCCGCAGAGGCUGAGCGCAAAAGCCGAAUAUUCAACACCAGAACCCGGGUUAUUGGCGUGGACCUGCACUCGCUCCACAAGCAGCAGGAGGACAAACAAGAACGACAAGAAAUGGAGAAGCAGAGAGACGUUUCUUAUGAUCUCCUGCGUUUGUCUCUGGAUGAAAUGGCAAUGCAACGGAAAAAGGAGGAGGAUGAGUUGAGAGGAGAGUUGGCUCGGGACUUGGUACAAUUUCGAGCGAUACAUCAACGUGCUGAAGACAGCCUUGAUGCAGACAUCAAUUAUGAUCGAAAGGGGGCGCCAACAACCAGUGUUCCUGUCUCGGACUCUGCGCUGGGACCCGCCAGCAUGCAAGUGUUUUUGGGAGAAGGAAUUAAAGAGGAUGAAAAGAAGAGAUCUCAGAUGGAGUUGAACGAGAAAAACCUGAGAGCUCAAAAGGAGGAGAGAGAGAAACGAGUAAGGGAAGAGAAAAACAGAGAGCUGCUAACCAGCAGAGUCCUGGUGGAAAAAGACCUGAGGGCAGUGCAGCUGAAUGCCCUGGAGGAAGAUUGCAAAAGAGAGGCUCGUGUUGCACUCAGUCAUUAUAACCAAGUUCAGGCAGAGGAGCGGAUGGAGAGAGAGCAACAAGACAGAAUGAGGAGAGAGGGAGAGGAGCUGGCAGAGCUACACUACAUGGUGACCUCUGACCUCCUGACUGAGCGACCAGAGGCUGCAUCGAGAACAAAAGAAUCAUCAGCGGAUGCUCCACGAGUCCUGACCGACCACUGGAAGGGCAUGAGCCCACAGCAGAUCAGUGAUAUCCACAGAAAGAGAGAAGAGCAGCGCUUUGAGAAAGAGAGAUUGAGAGAGAGGGAGAGGCAGAGAGAUCUGGCCUGGGAUUACCAUCUGACAGAGCAGAGCAGACAGCAGGAGAGAGAUGAGAGAAAAGACAUGGAGCUGAGGAGAGAGACAAGAAUUCAGCUUGAUAAAUACAAUCAACAGCUGGCACGAGAGCAGCAGGCACACCAACAGUUCUUGGACAAGCAACUGUAUACAAACCGUCCUUCUGUUCAAUACUUCACCCAGUUCAGCACAAGCUCUCGAUAAACCACCAUCACAUUCCAUCCUCAACUCAUCCUCCUGCACA